UUCAAAGUAAUUGAAUGUUUCAUUAGAAUUAGUAUAUUUUAAUUUAUUGUGGUGGUAAAUUUUUUUAUAAAUUGGAUUUUAAUAUUUUUAAUAAUGGAUUCGAUUGCUAUUUGUCAUAAACUUAUAACACAAUAUAUGAACUUGCUUCAUUUAAAUAAUAAUAGUGAUAUUAUUGGUGAAAACACUAAGAAUACAUAUCACGAAUUUCUAAACCAUGUUCUUAGUUGGAAUCCAGAAUGGCUUUCUGAUGAAAAAUAUGAUGAAAACUUUCCUGAUGUCAUUAAUGAUAUCACGAUAAUUCCAACUCAACAGCAGUAUAAAAAUGUUGAAGAAUAUCAAAAUGUAAUGUUUCCCAUGUUGAUUCAUGAAUUUUGGCACGUCCUGAAACAGGAUUUCGCAGAACUUAUGAAGCAGAAAAGAAAUUUGCGAAUGACUGAAAUAAAAUCUUCAGAACCUUCAUCAGGAGUAAUGGUAACAGGUACCAAAAAUGAUCAAAUUUAUUCUUUUAUUGUCAUAGCAGAAACCAGCUCUAAACAUUUUCCACGUUAUGGAGAUUUAACGAUUCUCAAAGGCUCUGAUACGACACAAUCCAUCACCGUAUUUGCUUAUGUGAAUUUGCUCAAAGAACACAUUCUAAAAACAAAUGAUGAAACUGAAAAUAAAGAUGAGAAAAAAUUACUCACAUACGAAUUACUAACGAAUAUAUCUUUUAGAAAUAAUAUGAUUUCGGAAUUUUCAUUAACAACAGUCUCAUUUUUAUUACAACAUUUAAGCUUAGCUGAUACAUUAAACUUUCUUCCUCAAUUCGUCUUACUUCCAUCUAUUCUACGCCCAACAGCUUACUCUUACUCAUUGUCAACACGUAUCGAACAUCUUGACCCAUCUUUUAUUAUAACAAAGGAUAAUCUUAAUCUCAUGCAAAAGAAGGUUGUAAUGGGUGUUUUGGGAAAUAUUGAAAUAACACAACCAAAGAUAUGUUUCGUUCAAGGUCCACCAGGCACUGGAAAAUCAAAAACUAUUGUUAAUCUUGUUGGAACAAUUUUAAAAUCUUUGGGCAGAAGAAAAAUAUUGUUAUGUGCGCCAUCAAACAAAGCAGUGGAUUCAUUGUUAUUACAACUAUUAGAAGCAAAGUCUACUUUUGAUGAAAAUGGACUAACGAUUCAUAUAGUUCGUAUUGGUAAUGAAGACAAAAUUGAUGAUUCAGUUAAAGAAUACUCUUUAGUGAAUCAAGCAUUAAGACAAAAAGAGAAUCGUAGAAUAAGUUUAUUUUGUAUAAAACAAGAAAUUCUGAAGCAAGCUGAUGUAAUUGUUGGCACGUUAACCUCUUGUUAUACUAAUCGCUCUGUAACAAGUGUUUUUGGUUUAUGUCCGUUUUCGAGAUUGUCUAUUCCACUUUGUAUUAUUGAUGAGGCUGCUCAAGCUACAGAGUUACUUACUUUGGUCCCACUUAUGUUAGGAGUACAACAAUUAAUUCUAGUUGGUGAUCCUCAGCAAUUACCGCCAUUAGUUUUAUCAGAGGCAGCUAAAAAUCAUGGAUACGGUGCAUCAUUAUUUUCUCGAGCAGAAAAAAUCUUUGCCACUGAAGGAAUAAAUCCUAUAAUAACGUUAAAUACACAGUAUCGGAUGACAGAAUCUAUAUCUCAAUGGCCCAACGAAUACUUUUAUAAAGGAGUUUUGAAAAAUUCAGCAACAAUACAUCCAUUGGGAAUUUGUCAAUAUAAAUUAUUUAAUCACCAAUUCCCUCAAGGUCCUGAUGGUUAUACCAACGUUGAGGAAGCAGAAUUGGUUAUAGAAAUGACAAAAUUGAUGAAAACAAAUUCGCAACAGAUCAACGAUAACAUAAGCAUUGCAAUUAUCACACCAUACCGAAAACAAUGUGAACUAAUUUCUAAGAAAUUGGAAUCUACUAAAAUGAAAGAAAACAUUGAGGUAAAUACAGUUGAUAGUUUUCAAGGAUCUGAAAAAGACAUUAUCAUUAUGUCAUGUGUUCGGAGUUUUGGAUUAGGUUUCACACAUUGUCCAAAUAGACUAUGUGUUAGUUUAACAAGAGCAAAGCAUACUCUUAUUAUAGUUGGAAAUUUUAAUACAUUUUUAGGUAAUAAAAUGUGGAAAAGUCUUAUAAAUGAUGCAAAAAAUCGUGGAGUUUACAUCAAUAUUACCGAUAAAACUGCAAAAUCAUUAUUAAAAAAAAAUAUAAUUGCUGACAAUUUAAAAGAGGAAUCUUCCACAGUUUCUAAUAAUUAAUUGAAAAUUAAUUUUUAACAAAUAAUAUUUUAUGAAAAAUAUAGUUCGACUUUUAAUUAUAUUUUAAAAAAAGUAACUUUGUUUAACAAUAAAGA